AUGUACUUUUAUGAAGAUCUUAGAAAUGAUUUCUCUCGUCAUGAAGAAGUACAAUUAAUACGUCUUUCAGCCUUUUCAUUGUAUUUAAACAAAGACUUUUUCUUUCCGCUACAAAACUUUAAAACAGCUCCAAGCUGUGAUGAGUGGCGGAAUAUAUUUAAGCCUUUUGGGGCCGCACACCUUGCACAUCAAGCUAAACGCAAUUUCCUAGAGUUGAUUGUUGGUUGUUGGUGUAACGAAACAAAUGGCAGUGGUGAAUUAAUAAAAAUGUUGGAAAAACCUUCUGUUUUCAUCUCUUUAUUCGACAUCAACAAACAUCAAUAA